GUGAAGCAGGAGCCAUAGAAGGAAGACCUUGUGGUUUGCAAUCAUGCCAUUCCCCUUUGGCAAGUCCCACAAGUCUCCUGCAGACAUAGUGAAAAACCUGAAGGAGAGCAUGGCAGUUCUAGAAAAACAAGACAUCUCUGACAAAAAGGCAGAAAAGGCGACGGAGGAGGUCUCAAAAAACCUUGUUGCCAUGAAAGAAAUCUUGUAUGGCACAAAUGAAAAAGAACCCCAAACAGAAGCUGUGGCACAGCUUGCUCAGGAGCUAUACAACAGUGGUCUUCUCAGUACUCUAGUAGCUGACUUGCAGCUCAUUGAUUUUGAGGGCAAGAAAGAUGUUGCGCAGAUUUUCAACAACAUUCUCAGAAGACAAAUUGGUACAAGAACUCCCACAGUUGAAUACAUCUGCACUCAACAGAAUAUCUUAUUCAUGCUAUUAAAAGGGUACGAAUCUCCAGAAAUUGCUCUAAAUUGUGGGAUAAUGCUUAGAGAAUGCAUCAGGCAUGAACCACUAGCUAAAAUCAUCUUGUGGUCAGAACAAUUCUACGAUUUCUUCAGAUACGUGGAAAUGUCGACGUUUGACAUCGCCUCUGAUGCGUUUGCCACCUUCAAGGAUUUGCUUACAAGACACAAGUUGUUAAGUGCAGAAUUUUUGGAACAACAUUACGAUAGGUUCUUCAGUGAAUAUGAGAAGUUACUUCAUUCAGAAAAUUAUGUGACAAAGAGACAGUCACUUAAGCUUCUCGGUGAAUUGUUACUGGACAGACACAACUUCACAAUUAUGACGAAAUACAUCAGUAAACCUGAAAAUCUCAAACUAAUGAUGAACCUUCUACGAGACAAGAGUCGUAACAUUCAGUUUGAGGCCUUCCAUGUGUUCAAGGUGUUUGUAGCCAAUCCUAACAAGACACAGCCUAUAUUAGACAUCCUUCUAAAGAACCAGACCAAACUUAUUGAGUUCCUCAGCAAGUUUCAGAAUGACAGGACCGAGGAUGAACAAUUUAAUGAUGAGAAGACCUAUUUAGUUAAACAGAUCAGGGAUUUGAAGAGACCAGCACAGCAAGAAGCUUAAACUCCAAUAAACCUUUAAAAUAUUAAACCCAAAUUC